AUGGCACCCUCUUCUUCCUCUCCCAACUACACCAACAACAUUGGGUCAUUAUCCGUUCCCAUCUCUCAAAUGGAUACUUACAGCAGCGGUGACGAAGAUGAAGAAUAUUCUUCGUCUCGACACAAUAUCAACAAUAACAACACCAAGACAGCAAAUUCCCAAACUAACAAUACUACUACCACGAUUCAACAUUCCACUUUAAAAAAUUCAAUUUUAAUGAAUAAUGAUCAUCAUCAACGAUCCACGAAUAAUAAUAAUCAUUUGAAUCAUCACGAAAAUGGAGAUCAAAAUUUAGAGGAAGCACCACCAUGUUAUGCAUUGCCUUAUUAUGAAACUGAAAAUCCAUUGAAAAAUCGAAUUGGACAAAUUACAAUGUCUGAUAUAUCGCCGAGAGGACAUGCAGCAUCGCCUGUGGAUGCUAAAAAGAUGGAACGAAGAAGAAGUUUGCAAUUGAAAAUUAAAAAGCCAGGAAAUUCUGAAACGGUUAUGUCAAAUGUCAACCGUGCACAAUCACCACCAGCUGAACCACCACAAACAACACUUGCACUUGAAAACUCAUCUGUGGAUUCUAAUGAACCAGUUCUGACACCAAAAGCCAAAACCACGGCACUCCAAAUUGCUGCCAUUCCAAAACUCAAUUUAGGAAAAGUCGAACAUUUCAAAGAUGACAAUGAUCAAUACACUGGAAGUAGCAGCAGUAACGAAGAUCACACUUCCUCGUCAUCUUCCAAUCGAGAUUUAGGUACUCAUUUGGACUCGACGACUGAAAUUUCUUUAAAUUCCUUGUCCACGACCAAUUCCUCAUCAACACUCACGACACCAAAAGAAAUGAGCAGUUCGUCACAAAAACAGAACGAGACGACUGCUUCUGCAACGUCGACGAGUGCAAUGAUUCGAAAAUAUAAAAGACCUCACACCUCUCGAGAAAGUAGAAGUGAGUUGCAAUAUAUUGUGGCAACUAGUAGUCAAAGCGGAGAGGAGUUUGAAAAAUCGAAUUUUGGUGAAACCAAGAGCAAACAAAUUGCAAAAUUACUUCUUUUAAAUAAGGCAUCUUCACAACAACAACAACAACAAACAACCUCUACGACACCAGCACACAGUGUGACAUCAAGCUCCUCUUCAAAAACAAACGUUCCUUCUUCCGGAAAUUCUUCACCAACCAAAGUUCAAAUUCAACGAAAUUUAAAGAGACACUCUGUGGCGCGAGAGUUUCACAGCUUACAAGAAUAUUUACAAAGUCGAAUUAAGGAACAGCAACAAUUAAUGGCUCCACCACCUUCAUCACCUAUGGCCCUUAAAAAUCAACCACAUGAUUUUUCAAAUUCCUCAACCAUUGCUACACCUCGAUCGAGUGCUCUCCAAACUAAAUUACUAAAUAUGGCCAAUAACUUGAAAAGAACUAGUCAAGUACUGGAAUUAAAUGAACAGCUCUUGAAGGAGGAAAAGAGAAAGAGUGCUCAAGCAUGGACAUUGCUGUCAACGCUUGAAGACGAUCACAGCAUGUCACAACUCAAAUAUGAAGAGUUGAAAUUCCACUAUGAAUUGAAAUGCGAAGAGCUUAAACACUCAAAGAAGCACAUGGAAGAAAUGGAGGCACAAAUUAAAAAGUUGGAAGGAAACUACAACUUUUUGGAUCAAGAGAAAAUAAGGUUGCAACGUGAAGUGCAAGAGCUUAAGAGAGCACUGGAGCUCAAGGAGCAAGAAGGUCAACGUCGUAGGUGUUGUUGCAUCAUGUAG